UGGGGCGGUGGCAGCUGUUCCUGCCUGCGUCUCCGGCGUGCCCCUAAGCAAGAUGGCGGCGGAGCCUGCUGGGAUUGGCGGAGCCGCCGGGGUCAGGGGUAUGGACUGAGGGCUCGGGCCGCUGCAGCGAGGGGCCCUGGAGCAGCCAUGGGGGAGGCCGAGAAGUUUUAUUACGUGUAUAGCUGCGACCUGGACAUCAACGUGCAGCUGAAGAUAGGAAGUCUGGAAGGGAAAAGAGAACAGAAGAGUUACAAAGCUGUUUUGGAAGACCCUAUGCUGAAGUUCUCAGGAUUAUACCAGGAGACCUGUUCUGACUUGUAUGUAACUUGCCAAGUGUUUGCAGAAGGGAAACCUCUUGCUCUUCCAGUUAGGACUUCCUACAAAGCUUUUAGCACUAGAUGGAAUUGGAAUGAAUGGCUAAAAUUGCCUGUGAAGUAUCCUGACCUGCCUCGUAAUGCACAAGUGGCUCUGACAAUUUGGGAUGUGUACGGGCCAGGUAAAGCAGUUCCAGUAGGGGGAACAACAGUCUCGCUGUUUGGAAAAUAUGGUAUGUUUCGUCAAGGAAUGCAUGAUUUGAAAGUCUGGCCCAAUGUAGAAGCUGAUGGCUCAGAGCCCACCAAAACUCCCGGGAGGACCAGCAGCACUCUCUCAGAAGAUCAGAUGAGCCGAUUGGCAAAGGAGCCUGACAAGGAACAUAUGGAAGAACUCACCAAGUCUCAUCGACAAGGUCACAUGGUGAAAGUAGACUGGCUGGACAGACUGACCUUUAGAGAAAUAGAAAUGAUCAAUGAGAGUGAAAAACGAAGUUCUAAUUUUAUGUACUUGAUGAUUGAGUUUCGGUGUGUCAAGUGUGAUGAUAAAGAAUAUGGAAUAGUUUACUAUGAAAAGGAUGGUGAUGAGUCAUCUCCAAUUUUAACAAGCUCUGAGAUUGUUAAGGUUCCAGAUCCCCAGCUGUCUAUGGAGAAUUUAGUAGAGAGCAAACAUCACAAACUUGCUCGAAGUUUAAGAAGUGGGCCCUCUGAUCAUGAUCUCAAGCCUAAUGCAGCUACUCGAGAUCAGCUUAAUAUCAUAGUGAGUUAUCCACCAACAAAGCAACUGACAUAUGAGGAACAGGAUUUAGUUUGGAAGUUCAGAUACUAUCUUACUAAUCAAGAAAAGGCUUUGACAAAGUUCUUGAAAUGUGUCAACUGGGACCUACCUCAGGAGGCAAAGCAGGCACUGGAGUUACUGGGGAAAUGGAAGCCAAUGGAUGUAGAAGAUUCUCUGGAACUGUUGUCAUCUCAUUUCACCAAUCCAACUGUGCGGCGGUAUGCUGUUGCCAGGUUGCAACAGGCAGAUGAUGAGGAUUUGUUGAUGUACCUGUUGCAGUUGGUCCAGGCCUUGAAAUAUGAAAAUUUUGAUGACAUAAAGAAUGGAUUAGAGCCAAAUAAGAGGGACAGUCAGGGUUCGAUGUCCGAGAGUAUGGCAACAUCAGGAACGAAUGCUGCAGAAAUAGACAGUUCCCAGAUCAUAGCGAGUCCCCUUCCUCCUGUAUCCUCCCCACCUCCUACUUCUAAAACAAAGGAGUCUGCAGAGAGUGAAAACCUUGAACAAGACCUUUGCACUUUCUUGAUAUCCCGAGCCUGCAAGAAUUCCACACUGGCUAACUACUUAUACUGGUAUGUAAUAGUGGAAUGUGAAGACCAAGACACUCAGCAGAGGGAUCCAAAGACUCAUGAAAUGUACCUAAAUGUGAUGAGACGGUUUAGUCAGGCUCUAUUAAAGGGUGAUAAGUCUGUCAGGGUUAUGCGUUCUUUGCUGGCAGCGCAGCAGACAUUUGUAGAUCGACUGGUUCAUCUAAUGAAGGCAGUGCAGCGUGAAAGUGGGAAUCGUAAAAAAAAGAAUGAGAGGCUACAGGCAUUACUUGCAGACAAUGAGAAGAUGAAUUUAUCAGAUGUGGAACUUAUUCCACUUCCUUUAGAGCCUCAGGUGAAAAUCAGAGGAAUAAUUCCAGAGACAGCUACACUGUUUAAGAGUGCCCUAAUGCCUGCCCAGUUAUUCUUCAAGACGGAAGAUGGAGGCAAAUAUCCUGUGAUAUUUAAACAUGGUGAUGAUUUACGUCAAGAUCAACUUAUUCUUCAAAUUAUUUCACUCAUGGACAAGCUGUUACGUAAAGAGAAUCUGGAUUUGAAGCUAACACCAUAUAAGGUGCUGGCUACUAGUACAAAGCAUGGUUUCAUGCAGUUUAUUCAGUCAGUCCCUGUUGCUGAAGUUCUUGCUACUGAAGAAAGUAUACAGAACUUCUUCAGAAAACAUGCACCAAGUGAGACUGGUCCUAAUGGGAUAAGUGCAGAGGUGAUGGACACUUAUGUUAAAAGCUGUGCUGGUUAUUGUGUUAUUACCUAUAUCCUUGGAGUUGGAGACCGGCAUCUGGAUAAUCUCUUGCUAACAAAAACAGGUAAACUGUUUCACAUCGAUUUUGGUUACAUUCUGGGUCGUGACCCGAAGCCUCUGCCUCCCCCAAUGAAGCUGAAUAAGGAAAUGGUGGAAGGUAUGGGAGGCACUCAGAGUGAGCAGUACCAGGAGUUCCGUAAACAGUGUUACACAGCUUUUCUGCAUCUCCGCAGGUAUUCCAACUUGAUCUUGAACUUGUUCUCCCUCAUGGUGGAUGCAAAUAUUCCAGAUAUUGCUCUUGAACCCGACAAGACUGUGAAAAAGGUGCAGGACAAGUUCCGUUUGGACCUCUCUGAUGAAGAAGCUGUGCAUUAUAUGCAGAGUCUAAUUGAUGAAAGUGUCCACGCUCUCUUUGCAGCUGUAGUAGAACAAAUACACAAGUUUGCGCAGUAUUGGAGAAAAUAAACCCAUCAGCUGCUUUUGUUGAAAAUGGAAAUAUCAGCUAGUGCUCGACAAGGAGACUUUCUUGAGUCAUCUAUGGACUUUUCGAGACAGCACCUGAAGGCGAGAACUGCUCAUUUGAUAGCACAGAAUGCCUGGAAGACCAGGGCUAGGUCUCUGAGUUACCACUAUUAUAAGGUUAAAAAUGACAAUUAUUUAGAAAAAAUGUAUUUAUUUACCAUUUUGGACCUAGAUGUUCCUGUAUAUAUUUCCUGUAAGAUACUUAAGCCAUGUAGGUAAAAUAGGCAACUUCCUCUUGUGUCAUGGAUGACUGGAAGAGACUGCAGAAGAGAGAUUCGGCACUUGCUAGUGAAUUUAUUUUUGUGUCUUGGUUACUGUUUUGGGACCUAGAAACUGAGGUCCAUUGCUUCACUUAACUCGGACGUUGAUACAUGCAGUGUGCAGCCUACAGAGGUAUAAAUUGUGAUUUCUUAUUAGCCUAAGAAACAGGAUAGUUGAACCCCACCUUCACCCCCCACACACAACAGUUUUCACCUGGAAUUAAAGUUUUUAAUGGAGUCAUCUGACCGUUUCCCAAUUUGGAAAGUGUUCUCAUUUGGAAAGGACAAUCAUUCUUCCUUGCUUACAAAAAGAUAUUUGUAAUGGCUGAUAAGUUAGCCAAACACAGGCACAGAAUUAGAAAUAAUCACUGUGGGUCUGUCUAUGCAGCCCACAGCAGCAAGACUGCCAGCCCAGGUCGAUAGACAAGACUUAUGCUGGUGGAGCUUUUGCUAGCACAUAGUUGUGUAGACAGCCCUUUGAAGUUGCAACUUCAGCUGGAGCUCAGGCUCCAUGGUCUCGUGGGAGAGGGGUAGGUUUCAAAGGCUACAGUUUUGAAAUGCUGUCUACACAGCUAUUUUUAGAGAGCUAGCCUGAAUCUGUCAACCUAACAGACUAGCCAGCCAGAAAGCACCGUGAUAGGUUCAGUGUAAGUUCAUAGUGAAGUCUCACUUUAACUAUGAACAUCAAUGUACAGUGACCAUAUAUAUUUUCCUUGACGCUAAUAAAUUCUUCCUUGAUGUGGUUUU